GUUUUUAGUGGAUUUAUUUAUGAUGUAUUGGUCGAUAUAUUUGAAUUAGAAAUAUUGACGUCUGACAGGAAACACUGGCAAAUACUUUUUGAGGUUGCACAAAAUUUACGACGCGCGUUAAUAAUUGCGAUUCGAGUUAGUUCACGAGAGCCAACCGAAACCAAAUUUCAAGAAAUUGCAACAAACCUGGAAACCGCAGUUGGGACAUUGGGUAGAAGGCUAGGUGUUAAUCUAGCGGGAUGGCAAA